UUUUUUCAUUUCUUUUUUAUACCCCCAAAUUUUUUUUUAUAUUUUUCUCUUCCCUUUAUUCCCUUAUUUUUUUUCUUGCCCUGUGACAUUCCGCGGAAUCCCCCCAAUUCCUGCUCAGCCGCGCUCCUCUCAUUCCUCUCUUCUCGCUCUGACACUCCCACACUCUCAUUCUCACUACUUUCCACCAAUAAUCUCUCCCUGUUGAACCCUCGACUGUUACUUUUCUCUCCUUUUUUUUUUCUUUUUUUUCUCUUUCCCUUUUCGCCGGUUUCGACUUUGAUUCUUCUUUCGAUUCUCCUGUGCUGCUGUUGCUGGUCGUCCUCCCCGCGCCAAACCGUGUCUUGUCUCCCAUUCGCUUUGUCGAACCCUCUCCUAUCAUUCAUCCAUCAUAGCAUCAUCACCAUCAUCAUCUCUUUCCCCCAUCGAAAUUGUUUCGAUCUAAGGGGGUAAGAGACUCGGUCCAAUCCAACGUUCUGGCCAUGCACAAGAUUUCCAAUUUUACCGGCCAGGCCCGUCAUGGCUGGGAACGCAUGACUCCAACCUUUAGCAUGUCCAGGCCUCAUACCGAUCUGGCCUCCCACUCUCUCCGCCGGCCCCAUGGCGCGCCCCCAAUGACUCCUCCGACCGGUAUCGAUCCCACCGUCAAUCUGUCCAUGAAUGUGCCGUUUUCCUCCACUUUGGCCGGUCCCGACGCUGAGGAUGUGAUCCACGCCAGCCCCAACGCUCUCCAGCGCUGGUCUUUUCCCGAAGGCACUCCGGAAGGCACCCCCGUUCAUCUAUUACCGGUCCAUGUUAGUAAUGUCGAGUCCUUGCGGAGACUCUGUCGUCAAAUCACGGAGUCCAGCGCUGGCCGGAUCGAGGCCACUGUCACCACCUCGGAGCCGAAAGUCGUCCCCUCCCUCCAACGACGACCUCAAAGUCUUGUGACCAAUGUCUGUAUCACAGGUGAGGGAGAGACGGUGCGCAAGAUGCGGGCGAAGAUUCUCAAUGAGACCCCAAUUCUCUUGCGAUGUGCGACGGUGGACGUGGAUAUGCACCUCAUCAUGGAUGGUUCGACCAAAGGAAUCCGUGCGAGUGUGCUGGAACACUUGGACACCUUGGCCGCCUAUACCGGAACCGACAUCUUCCUGUUGACCCCCAAGGUUCGGGAUACCGACAGCGCCGUGGUUUCAUCUUAUGGCUACGCUUCCGAUAAUGGUCUCGACCACCGAUUCCGAGUCGCAAUUUAUGGAGACAUGGAGAGUGCGGAGCAUGCAAAGACCCGCGUGUUGAUUAUGAUUGACCAGAUUCUCAAACGCCACGUCGACGCCCUGAAGCUCGAGCUCACAAUGCACACCUUGGUCUGCGGUCGCACCCGCAAGAACAUUAAGCUCAUCGAAGCAGCCACCGGCACCGCCAUCUACUUCCCUCCUCCGUUCCCGCGAAUCUUUGGAUACACGCCCCCGGGUGCUCACCGUCGCGCUGAGGAUGAGGUUUACAUUACUGGUGACGCCCCGGAGCAGAUUGCCCGCGCCAAACAGAAGUUGCGAGAGUUGGUCAUGGGCGUCAAAAUCUAUGUCAAGGAUGUCAUUGUCAACUCUAACAAGAUUGACAACAUUCUACUUGACCGUCUUGACAAGGUCCGUAAGGUCAUGGAGAUGAACGGUUCCUACGUCUUGUUCCCACAGCUGGGUAGUCAGCGUGGCCUCGUCCGCAUUCAGGGCUCAGAGGUUUUACACGUCGAGCGCACGGUUCGGGAGAUUAUGGCUUUGGCUGGCCAAUUUUACAGUGCGUCUUGGUGGAUCAUCAUGCCGGAUCCCUCUCAGGGUGGCUUCCGUGCUCCCUCUGCUGCCGAUGUUCGCACCAUGUUGUCCGACAUUUGUACCAACUCGGAAGCAGAGGUUAGUUUCGACAACUUGACCUUCACCAUCAAUGGAUCCGACGAUGCGGUCAAGGCUGGCAUGAUGGUUAUCAACCAGAUUCCCUUCGUUAAACGCAGCCAAUACCAGAUGCGCGUCAAGAUCGAGCUGGCCAACGAGCACAAGGAGUUUGUCAGUGGAAAGAAGAAUGGCAAGAUCAACAAGAUCAUGGGUCAGAGCAAUGUCCAAAUCAUUUUCGAUGGAUUCAACGAGUACAACUUUUACAUCGAUGUCUGUGGUAACCAGUACGAGUCCACCAAGAACGGUCUGGACCUCGUCGAGCAGGAAAUGCCUGCUUCGAUCUCUUUCCACGUUCCCGACCAGUACCACAAGCGAAUCAUCGGCAUUGGCGGCCAGCACAUCCAGCGCAUCAUGAAGAAGUACUCUGUCUUCGUCAAAUUCUCCAACGCCAUGGACCGCGGCGGUAUGGGCAAAGAGGAUGAUGAUAUCAAGGUUGACAACGUCAUCUGCCGCACUCCGGCUCGCAAUGCCCAGAGCUUGGACCUUGUCAAACAGGAGAUCAUGGACAUGGUCGAGAAGGUUGACGCUGAGUAUGUCUCUGAGCGAGUUGCCAUCAACCGUCUGUACCACCGCGAAUUGCUCGCCCGUAUGUCCGAAAUCGAUGAGCUGGAGAAGAAGUGGAACUGCAAGAUCGAGUUCCCCAGCACUGAACUUGCCAGUGACAUCGUGUCCAUCUCUGGGCCUGAGUACCAAGUUCCUCAGGCCGUCGAUGCUCUGUUGGGAAUGGUUCCCGAAAGCCAUGAGCUUCUCUUCAACAGUUCAGAUGAACUCCGCGACUACUUCAAGUCCUCCGACUUCCGUGAGAAUGUCUCCACCAAAUUGAAAGAACAAUAUGAAGUGGACACGACGGUGGAUACCUGUAUUGAUGCCCCUCCCUCUCCCGAGCAAGGUUCAAACUCGUCUAUCGCUCCCCCGGAGGAUCGCGUCGUUCUAGGAUACACCCGGAACAAUGCGGGUGGUCUGAAAGAUGCCAUCGACUUCUUGAUCUCGCGUCUCGUCGCUCACGGCCUCGAUGCCACCACGGUCAAGGGUGCCAUUCCCCGACCCAAAUCUGAUUCUUUCGAGGAGUCAUUGCCCUUCUUUGACUCCAAAUUGUUGCAGCACGCUCCUGCUCCGAUCGUGACCGACUCCCCCACUCGGCCGAAUUUCCCCGAUGACACUAGCGAGCGUGGAUCGAUCUUCGAGCGGCUCCGGAAGCCCGGCAGUAUCUCCUCGUUCUCAUCGUUCAUCGGUCGCAAGAACCACUCUGCCUCUCCAGGAUCGUUUUUCAAGCAUGCCUCGAGCAACGCCUCUAAGGCUUCUCUUGUUUCCAUGGAGUCCCGGGACAGUGGCUACCGCAAUCCAUGGAAUGAUUCUGGAGUGAACCUUCCCGAGGACGACUUGCCAGUCCUUGGUACGUCCCAUAGCCACAGCAACAGCAAUGGCUGGCCAGUGCGUUUUGAUACAAAGUUUCCAUUCAGUGCGGCGCCAGGCGACAUGACCCCCAAGCAUGACCUGCGCGCUUCUUUUGACAGUGGUCGACCUAGCACUUCCAAUUCUACUUCUGGAUACCCGGCCCCAAUUGGGCCACCGCGUUAAAAAACUGAGUUGCAGCUGUAUACCCCAAAGGCACUUUGAUUUUUCUUUUUUUUUUUUUUCCAGCGGUU